AUGUCGGCAACUAGGCCAUCUGUGUCGUACGCUGGUGGCGACGCCGGUCUUCGUGCCGCUAGCGGAGUAACGAGGCCUUUUAGACCAUGUGCGGAUUGCACCUGUUCUCCUGGAUUGCUUUCCAGACAGGGUAGAAGAUCCUCGAUGUUUUUGAAACAGUUGGAGAAUAACAGAAGAAAGGGUGGUAAAGAUGCUAGAGCUUCCACAUUGAGUGGUUCAGGUAAUGAAUCUAUUUAUUCUUCCGAUUCUCUUUGUCGAACAACCAGGGAGAUCAAUACCUCCGAGAGACUUUUGAAAUUGAGGUUGGAAAUGAUCAAGCAUGAUUUGUGCUGUUACAUUGUCCCCAGCGAAGACGAGCACCAGUCAGAAUAUGUUUCGCUUGCCGAUCAGAGGCGGGCCUUUAUUUCUGGUUUCACUGGUUCUGCAGGAGUUGCCUGCAUCACCCGUAACCUGUUGAAUUUCAACGAGAAACAUCCAGACGGGAAAUCUGUUCUCAGCACUGAUGGACGUUAUUUCAACCAGGCGUCGCAGGAGCUCGAUUUCAAUUGGAGUUUGUUAAAACAGGGGGAGGAUUCCUUAACGUGGCAACAGUGGUGUAUCAAGGAGGCCGAGGAUAUGUCUCAAGGUUUAGGCGGCAAGGUGGCCAGAAUUGGCGUUGAUCCCAGGUUGAUCAGCUACGAACAGGUCAGGAAUUUCAAUAGCUUGAUCGAGGGAAAUGUCUCUGCAGCAUCAGGUGCGAAAGUUGAAUUGGUGCCUGUGGAGCAAAAUUUGAUCGACGCUAUUUGGAGCGAGUUUGAAGUGGUGCCGGACCGAAAUUGCAAUCAACUAUUAUUGCUAUCAGCAGACUUUCAUGGUGAGCCCUUCGAAGAGAAACGCCAGCGGCUAUUGAAGGACAUCCACAAGACAUACGGAGAGUCUUCCAGCUUGGUAGUGGUGGCCUUGGACGAGAUAUGCUGGCUUUUAAACUUACGUGGUUCGGAUAUUGAGUACAAUCCUGUGUUUUACAGCUAUCUCCUUAUUGAUGACGAGAGCACAACUUUGUUUACGGAUAACCCGACGGGGGACGAGAUCGACACUUACUUGAAGGAAAACAAAGUUGAAGUUAGGCCAUAUAAGGAUGUUUGGAAUCAUUUGCAGGGACACGCAGCAAAGAGCGAGUCGAAGAAGGGAAGCAUUUUGAUCCCUGACAACUCAUCAUGGCAAUUGGUCCUUCAGGUGACAUCUCAAAACUAUAAACAGAUCCAUUCGCCUGUAGAUCUUUUCAAGUCGGUAAAGAACUCUACGGAGAUCAGAAACGCUCAUGCUGCACAAGUCAAAGACGGUGUAUGUUUGGCACAAUUCUUCGCAUGGCUGGAAGAUCAACUCGUUUUUUCAGAAGCCUUAAUUGAUGAAUACCGUGCCGCCGAAAAAUUAACCAGCAUCAGAAAAACUCAAAAGAAUUUCAUGGGUAAUUCUUUUGAGACGAUCUCAUCCACGGGUCCCAAUGCUGCUGUGAUCCAUUAUGCGCCACCCAUGGAGGGCUCUUCCAUGAUCGAUCCAUCCAAGAUAUACCUGUGCGAUUCCGGCUCUCAAUUCAAGGAGGGAACAACAGAUAUAACAAGAACCAUCCAUAUGACCACUCCAACACAACAAGAGAUAGAUCAUUACACCCUGGUCCUGAAGGGUAACCUUGCUGUGGAGAGGUUAGUGUUCCCCGAGGGCACUACAGGUAUACACAUCGACGCUAUCGCAAGGCAGUUCCUGUGGUCCCACGGAUUGGACUACAAACACGGCACCGGACACGGUAUCGGAUCUUUCCUGAACGUCCAUGAGGGACCCAUCGGAAUCGGCCAAAGAGGCAGUCUGAUAAAGUUCCCAUUGCAGCCGGGUAACAUUAUCAGCAACGAGCCCGGUUACUAUAGGGACGGUGAAUACGGCAUAAGACUAGAAAACGAUUUACUGGUAAAGAGAGUCGAGCCAGCUCAGGGUGGCAAAUUCCUGCAAUUCGAAAAUCUGACCAUGGUCCCCUACUGCAAGAAAUUGAUCAACGUCAAGAUGCUUACAAGGGAGGAAAAAGAUCAGAUCAACGAGUAUCAUAAGAGGAUAUGGCAUUCUAUCGUGCCAUUCCUUCAACCGCGGAGCGUUCCAUUCAAGUGGCUCAAAAGAGAGACUGCUGCUCUGUGA